GUUGCGUAGUUUGCUCAAGUUUGCUAUUUGCUUGCGACUGGGUUAUCGCGUUGUAAACAUUUUUAUUAUUUUUUCACUUUUUGUUUAUCCUAUAGUGAAAAUAUCCUGACAAGAUAAUCACUUAAUCAUGUGUUUAUCUUAGAUAUGUAUAAGUUUUCACCUUAUACUUGAAUAAAAACGGACAUAGCUUAAAAUGUGGGGUUCAGCAGUGUUUUUUGUGUUUGUUUGUUUUCUACAAUAUGUGGCUGGAUUUAGUCAGCUUUGUGGUAAUAGAUCAGAGGUUAGCUGUACAACUGAGAUUCUCGGCCAAAACCAUGUGGACUAUGACAUGUGCAAGAUGAAAGUGUAUCAGCCAGACAGCCCUGAAUGUGGUGCUAUGACCUUUGGACCCCUCUCACCCAACACCCAUAUUGGAGGGGUCGUCCUGAAACCCUACAUCAUGACUAUGCUCCAUUACGACAACAUCAACCCAUUUGCAAUGAACCAUACCGUUCUGAAUAUAACAUUCAAUAACAUUAAAUGGAAAACCAUGAAAUUCCGUUUCCAAGACAAGUACAGAGACAUGAAGAACCACUGCAGGAACAUAAUGAUAUCGAACGACGUGACAAUUGACGAUCAAUCGGUGCUCUACUACGACUGCUAUUGGCCCAAAACCGAUGAUAAGGACGGACAAAGCCAUAUUCUAGACUUCGAGGCGACCACCGACGAUGGAAGCGUUAAUAGGGGACAGUAUUACUUCAAUAUACCGUCAGCGGAAAUGCUAAGUUUAACGACAACCGAGGAGAGAUGGAAGCCGUUCAUAUACAUAGAGAUAUUCCCAGGAGUGAUGCGCCUACACAUAAUGCCGCCGCCUCGCCAGCUGAAGAUCACAGCUUACCAUAUCAAAGUGGUCACCACUACCAAGGAAACUGUUCGGGAGGUCAAAGCCACGACUAUAAGGCUCAUGAAUAAUACUGAUGAAGUCACGUACGACUUUAAUUUCGUCGGAUCGAACGGAUCGUUCAGUUUCGUGGUGAAGCCCCUACAUGACAAGUGUGUGACGAAGGACUACGUUUGUCAGGUUGUCGAGAGCCCGAGGAUUAUGAUAAGCAGCGAACCGCAAACCCUGAACAUCUGUAUAGCCAGUGUGACAGCCCUGGUCGUGGCGACUCUCUUCGCGUACUACAUCGCGCUGCGUCUCAUCAGGCGCUACUGGUGCAACGACAGAUACAAACUGGCUAUGGGCAUCGAAAUACCGAUCCCACCGAAGAUCCUCGUCGCGUACUCUCCCACGAACCGCCUCCACGCCGAGUGCGUCUCGUCCUUCGUCGCUUACCUACGAUCUGAGUACGGCUUUGAGGUCAUGUUCGACGGCGACAUCUCUCUCACAUCACACGGCGACCCCUACAUCUGGGCCGAGGAAGCCUUCAGGUUAGCCUCCCAUGUCCUAUACAUCGUCGGACCCCCGGUAGAAACAAACCUUUACAACAACAUCUAUGACAAACCCAUCAUAAGCCCUCUUAAAGACGUUGACACUCUACUGCUCUCUUUUAUCAAAGCCACCAGAGCCCAAAAAAGCUCAAAGGAAAUAAUCAACAUCAGGUUCAACCACUCCAGCAUGCAAACUCCGAUCGAAACAUCGUUUGCCCCGAAAUUCAAGCUCAUAGAGGAAUGGAAUAGCCUCAUAUCGUUUUUAUCCAAAAACUUAUUUCCGAAAAGGCAAAUUAUGCGCACUGAGAAGGGCAGGUGCUUUUUGGACGACUUGGCUAGGGCUGAUGAAUUGUUAGGUGGGAAGAAGGACGAUUUGUAUGUGCAAUGCGAGAGGAAUAAGAAUUUUGAGAAAAAGAUAUUGUUGUAAGUUGAUAUUGUACUGGUUUAUGGGCACAGUUUAGGAUGGGCGACUGUCAAGAGGUGGGAUAGUUACAAUUCGGGGUCCUUUGUAUUUCUUAAUACUUCGAUAGAUGAUGUUGCUGUCAGUACUAUGACGCGAUUGUUAACCGCCACUCUGUUAAAUGACUAAAAGAUUUCGAGGAAUCCCGAACUGUUGUAGACUUGCACCUGUUUGACGCGUACGGAUAGCAACGAAAACUAAAGAUUGUAAAAAUCUUGAAAGUAUACAAAAAGUUUUGCGUUGCUAACUGUGGUUGAAUAAAUAUUGUUGGACUAAAUAAUAAUAUGUCUUGUUUUCAAUGUUGUGUAGUUACAUAAAAUAUUAAUGUUUAAUAGUAUUUACCAAAAUUUUCAUUGUUCAUGUAAUGUCCCCUUUUCUAUCUAGUUUCUCGUCUAUCCUGUUAUUUAAGAUAGCGAUAAGACUGCGAUACAAACUGCAUUUAAACUAUUUCAUUAUGUUACCAAAAUAAAAAAUAAAAAUAAUAAAAACAAUUUUUAAAGCAAAGUCACAUUGCUUGACUAUUUUAGUUAACUAAAAUUAGGAAAAGAAAUGUUAUAUCAAUACUCAUAUUAUUAUUUAGUCGACAAACUAUAUGAUAUAUAUUUUUCGAUCAAAAGUUCAGUAUAAAGGUUUAUUUAGUGUUACAUAAUAUAAGAAAAAUAUAAAUUGAAUUUGAUAAUAUAUUUAUCGAUGUAAUACGUUGAAAAACAAUGUCUGUGCAGGGCGUAUACAUGGCACUCCCGAAACGUAUUUUCUUUGAUAAGUAGAUACAUUAUUCCGUUGCGAUAAGGACGUAAUCUUCAAUGUAUAUCUGUCCCUCUUGCACAAAGAUUGUAUAUAAUGCUCUCCCUCUUUAUUUCGCAACGAAAUUAUAAACCUAAGAUUAAGUUGACUCCGAUUAGCCUAUUCUUUUAUUCCGGCCCACAAAGAGAUCUGUUAUGAAGUGAUAAUUUUCUCUUUUUGAAUUGUUUGUUAGUCGGCCAGUAGUCACAUUUAUUUUUUAAAUGUACAAGAGAUAGAGUACCAAAGAUACAGUAUGAGCUCUUUUGGGCCCGAAACAAAGAAUAGAUCUGAUUAGGUUUAUGUUGUUUUUAGUCACGUGUUGUUAAUUAAUCGUGCAAUAAAAAAUAGCAUUUAUAUACCCUACAGUAAGGUUAAGUUUUACCUAACAGUCUUAUGAUAAGAUAGUAUAUUUUGAAAUAUAAACCUUACUGCUAAUAACAUAAAUGCUAGUUUCAGUAUUCAAAUAUAAUGUAUCGGUUCUUGCACUUACCAGCCUAUGUAUACGUCUUCGGGGAUUCAAUAAUAUUUUUGUGGUUAUUUAUAAUUGUUGUCUUUCCCAGUGAUGCACUUCUUAUGGCUUGUAGUUUAAGUGUUUUUAUAUUAGAUUUGUACGUUUUUUUCUGAUCUUCUAAAAUGUGUAAAUCACUUUUUGAACGCCUACUUUUUUCCCACCAUUAAACGAUUUUUAAUGUUUUUGUCUGUUUUUUAUUUGUAUAUUUUAUAUGAUGUUUUCUUUUUAUAAACAGAGAUGAAAAUGACAACUCUUAAAUAGUCGAAUUUCUCAAUGUAAUAAUGUAUUGCACAAAUGAUCUGCACAUGUUCAUUUGAAAUAAUUAUUUACAUUCCUUUGUGUUUUCGUUGUUUAAUGAUUGGCGUUCAAAAUGUAAAAUAAUUAAAUGAUUUAAGAAUAAUUUUUUGUAAAUUAAUUCCAUGCAUAUCUUAACUGUCGGUGGUUAAUAAUGUAAACGUUUAGUAACUACAGCUGUGUGAGACGUAUUUCCUUCUGAGUUUUCCAGAUUGUUCUCUUGAAAUUUGGUGUGCCAUACUACACUAAAUAUAAGUGUAUUGAUUCUCUGUAAGAUUUUGGUGUUUACAGCUUUACACUGCACUAAAUAACUAGAGUGGUUAACGUAAGAUAUCGUUUUGAUAUCGAACUGACUAAUUAAUGUUAAAAUGUAUUUAAGACGCACAACUAUCAGAUUAAUGUUUUGCGUAGUCUCUGAGGGUGCCACCUCUUGAAGUAAAAUGUGCUUGCGUGGAAGAGUGACAGCGCUCUGCAUGACGUAGAGCGAUGUCUCUUUUAACAGAAAUUGAAUUAUUAUAAGCGGUGGUAGGCCUUUUUUAGUAACUGUAGAGAACUUCUGUUUAAAACCUUUUUUUAAGUGAACAAUGUUCCAAAGUAUUUUCGUUUCAUAACUUAUGCUUAAUUACAAAGGCCAUGGAUUUUAAUAUUUGUGUUAAUAGAAAGAAAAACGAUGUGCAAAAGCAAACGAAACGCCAGAUGAUUCUAUUGGCAACUUAAUUUUUUAUUGAUAACUUAUUAGCUCUACCGUUGUUGCUCUUACUCGCAACUUAUUAAGCGACAGCAUUAUAUAGCCCAGACCCAUAUUAUGACGUGUCAAACGAAAACUAAAGAAUAUGAGGAAUAGGAAUGAAGCUAUUCAAUGGGUAAAUCUUUUUUUUCUGCCACCUAAUGCAGUUGACAAAACUUCAUAAACCCUUACGCAGUGAAAUGGACUGUGGAGGUCUGGUAAACUGUUACACCAUGUAUCAGUAGCAGUAUUGAGUUGAAUCAAAGACUAGAAACCGCGCCCAAUAUUGUUUAGAAGAAAAUGUAAGAAAAUACUUUUUAAUACUUCAUACCUUGGAACAUUGAAUACUUUUUAUAAACAAAUGAAUUAUAGCUACCCUUUUUUACUAUUCGCAACCCAGUAGGGUUUAAUAACCCUUUGCUUAGCUUUUUAAACCUAACUAAACAUAUGCGUAACAUUGAUUAAAUUGUAUUGCCAGUAUAAAAUAAGUAGCUUUACUUAGUAUUGCCAGCAUUAAUAAUAAAAUUGUUAUUGAUAUAAUGCAGCUCUAGUUAUUUAGUGUUAUAUUUGUACCUUUUUAUAUACCUGUUUCCUCGUUGAUCUCAUUGGUAAAAACUGUUGGAGUGUGUUCUAUCUCGAUACAGGACUUUCAAUUAUUAAGCUCAAAAUAUUAUACCUUGUGAUGUAUUUUUAUAAAAUAAAGUCGUACAUAACAUGCAA